AUGUCCCUGAUAAAGAAACUUGAUCUUCUUGCUGAUUCACCUUUCCGCAAUGCCGAUGCUAUCCCUCUUCACUUCCCACCACCUCCACCUCCACCUCCAAGUCAACCUGAGGAUGCCUCUGAAUCUGAGGAUGAAGAUGGAGAUGAAGAUGAUGAUGCAGUUGCCAAGGAAGCUACCCCGGAGCAGGGUUUGUCCGACGUUCCUCAGGUCAACAAGAGUAUUGACGAAACUCUUGCCGAGAUUGAUGCCGAAGUUGCUGUGGAUAAGGAAGCCGAGGUAUCUCUUCAGGAGACUUCUGAGGUUCAGAUUCAGCCAGAUGCUGAUGUUCUUGGUAUGGAAAGGUUAAAAUCGGAGCUGCAAUCACGUGGGUUGAAAUGCGGGGGUACAUUGCAAGAGCGUGCUGCCAGGCUCUUCCUUCUCAAAACCACACCUUUGGAGAAGCUUCCAAAAAAGCUGCUUGCUAAGAAAUGA